UGUGCUGGCAAUGUGAAAUAUAUGGAGUGAAACAGGAGAUCACAUUUUAUGUGAUGGAGGAUGAGAAUUUGGCUGUUCCUGUCAUCUUGGGGGUGGAUUUUCUCAAAAAGGCUGGAGUAGUUAUUGAUUUUAAUGCUUCACGAGUAUAUCUGCCGGAUGUUAACUCUAGUCACCCUAUGUGUUUUAAUGACGUGCACGAGCCUGCCUCUAUCCAGUUUUAUGUCGCACAAGGAGAAGGAGCGAUGCACAAUGAGGAAGAGUUGAAGUUGAUCGACCAGGCUGUGGAAAGCUCCAAUGCUUCAGCUCAGGUAAAGAGUCAGUUGAAAGCUCUUAUGUACAAUUGGCCUUCAGUAUGUACACUUAAGCUUGGUCGUACAAAUUGUAUUAGGCAUGAGAUAAAAACAACUGACGAACUGCCUUUACGGAAAAAACCAUACAGAGUCUCGAGGGCUAAGAAUGAUUUUAUUGAAGAGCAGGUUAAGGAGCUACUGCAACAGAAGAUUAUCAGACCUUCUACGUCACCCUGGGCUUCACCUGUGGUAGUGGUAGAUAAAAAAGAUGGAGGAUCACGGUUAUGUGUUGAUUAUCGUGGGCUUAAUGCAAAAACUCACCUAGAUCCUUAUCCCAUGCCUCAGAUAACGGAUAUUCUUGAUUCUCUCCAAUCAGCUAAAGUGUUCAGCACAUUGGAUUUAAAGUGUGGAUAUUGGCAAGUUGAGAUGAAUCCAGCGAGUGUGGAAAAAACGGCUUUCGUUACAGCUUCAGGAAUAUAUGAAUUCUUGUGUCUCCCGUUUGGCCUCAAAAACGCAGCAGCAUCUUUCCAAAGGUUAAUGGAGCAAGUUCUGAGGGAACAUAAAAACAAGUGUUGCAUGGUUUACAUUGACGAUAUCAUUGUCUACUCCCCAGACCUACAGACUCACCUGCACCAUCUCAAACAAGUGUUUCACAGUCUGCACAAGGCCGGUCUCACACUAAACCUCAAGAAAUGUAAGUUCAUCCGUGCCUCACUUGAUUACCUAGGUCAUACCAUUACAGCUGAUGGAGUCAAGGUGAAUUCAGACAAGGUGGAUGCUGUCAGAACUUUUCCAACUCCCAAGUCCUUAAAAGAGGUACAACGCUUCUUAGGCCUUGCAGCAUGGUACCAUCGUUUUAUUCCUGAUUUCUCCACCAAAACAGCACCGUUACAUGCACUGAAGAGAAAAGACGCAGAGUGGAAGUGGACCGAAGAAUGCCAGCGUUCAUUUGAUCUCAUCAAAGAUGAACUGACUAGAGCACCUGUUUUAAGUACACCUAACUUUGAUUGUUCUUUUAAAGUACAGACUGAUGCAAGUAAUGUGGGCUUAGGAGCUGUGCUGACGCAAGAAGUUGAUGGCCAAGAGAGAGUGAUUGCAUAUGCCUCCCGGUUACUACGAGGUGCAGAGAAAUCCUAUUCAACAUCCGAGAAAGAAUGUCUAGCAGUCGUGUGGGCAGUAGAAAAGUGGCACCAUUAUCUGGAAGGCCGAGCGUUUGAAGUAAUCACAGACCAUGCAUCCUUAGUCUGGCUCUUUCGGCAUCCAAAGCCCUCAUCUAGACUGGAAAGAUGGACGAUUAGACUUCAGGGAUAUCACUUUACUGUACGGUACCUAAAAGGGCAAUGUAAUGUAGUGCCUGAUGUCUUAUCCAGAAGAUAUUCAGCGGAAUCACCAGCCGCGUUGCUGCACACACCAGUUAAACAUGGUUUUAAUCCUCUCACUUGUGAUUUGCCACUAGACUUGUCAGAAAUGGCUGACGAACAGAAAAAGGACCCAGAGUGUCAAGAGAUCAUGGUUAACGCCAAGAAACAGCACACCACCGAUCUUAAGAGGACACACUAUGUCAUCAAAAAUGAAGUUUUAUUCCGGAGUGUUCCAUGCCCCAAAGAAGGUCAGAGAUUACAGGUAGUCGUUCCUGCAAAAUUGAAAGAAGUGAUGUUGACUUAUGCCCAUGACAGCCCUCUGAGUGGUCAUUUAGGUAAAUUUAAAACUCUCAUGCGUCUUUUAGAAUUUGCUUAUUGGCCCUCAAUACGUACUGAUGUAUGGCAGCACUGCACAGAGUGUAGGAAAUGUCAAGUGUACAAGCCCACAAACCUGAAACCUGCAGGCAGCCUACAAAGUGUGCCCAUAGUCGAGCCUGGAUUUAUGCUUGGGAUGGACAUUAUGGGACCAUUCCCACGAAGCACCCGCCAGAAUGAGUACCUUCUAGUCAUUGUGGACUACUUCAGCAAGUGGGUAGAAGUUUUUCCCAUGAGAAACGCUAAAGCUACAACUAUUGUGAAAAUUCUUUUAGAAGAGAUCUUUACAAGAUGGGGAACACCAGCUUUCAUCGUGUCUGACAGAGGAACACAGUUCACCUCCAAACUCCUAGAGCAGUUGUGCAAGCAAUGGCAAGUGACACAAAAGCUUACCACGGCAUAUCACCCACAGUCAAACCUCACUGAACGAGUCAAUCGGAGCCUUAAGACCAUGAUUGCCAUGUAUGUUGAAGAGAACCACCGUACUUGGGAUCAGUGGUUAUGUGAGUUCAGAUUCGCACUUAACACUGCCUGGCACGAGAGUACGGGACAUUCUCCUGCAGAAAUCGCUUUAGGACGAAAGCUAAAAGGACCUUUGCAAAGAGCUUUACAAAAUCCCCCAGAUCCAGACCAACCAGCUUACAGUGUUCUUGACAGGCAACAACUACUGUACGAGUCAGUAAAAGAGAAUGUAGGGAAGGCACAAGCCAAACAAAGAAAGUACUACAAUCUCAAUAGAAGAACUCAAAAUUUUAGUGAGGGAGAUUUAGUGUGGGUACGAACGCAUCCUCUAUCACGUGCUGAUGAUGCCUUUAUGGCCAAGAUCUCUCCAAAAUGGAAAGGCCCAGCUAAAGUUACAAAGAAACUAGGUCCUGUGAACUAUAGGGUGGUUAUGUUGUCUGAUCCUUCUCAAGAAGAUACAUACCAUACACAGAAUUUAAAAAUUUGCCAUGGUCAAAUUUUUAGACCCUAGGGAGGGGUAUGUAACGAUGUAAUCGCUACUUUAGUUUAUUUUCUAAUGUGUUGUUUUUUUUUGUGCUCUAAAAUGUAUAAAAAUGUUCGUUUUCAUGGCCGGAUAAAAUAUCGCAGGGAGCCGCUAGAGGGCGCUAAGGCCUAGUGUAUUUCCUCAUU